AUGAAAAAAAAAUUUUUUUUCAAAAAAAAAAAUAAUAAUAAUAAUAAUGGAAAAUGGUAUAAAUUUUCAUUGGUAGUUUUAGAUGUAAUAUUUUCUUGUCUUAUAAUCGCACCUGCCGUCAUCGGUUACUGGAGAGGAAGUUGGUGUUUAUCCGACGUCUAUAUUUUCCCGAACGAUUUCAAAGUUAAUCUCAUAGUUUCGGGAUUAAUUGGAUUUAUCGUACAGAUAAUAUUAACGCUCUCGCAAGAUUAUUUACAAAAAAAUAUUAAUCCGAAAAAAAUGAAUAUAAUUAUUUAUUAUUUAAUAUCAAGAGUGUACACUUACCUAUACGGUUUGGCGUGUAUUAACAUGUGGCGUGGAGUGUGGAAAGCUUUAGAUUUUUACGUCGGUACUCAAUUAUUACAAGUUUUGGUACCCACAACGAUUAGUUUCGUUGCCAUUUCUUGUAUGAAAUCCAUAAAAACAUUAUCGUCAACUCCUUUUACAAUAGCAUUAGAUUCUUAUAAUAAUUUUUUUCAAAUUCCGACAAUGUUUAAAGUAACGAAAAGUUCCGAAUUAUCCCUAUACAUUUUGGAUUGUUUUUUUAGCGUUUUCGUCAUCGGAAGUUUAGUUAUAUUCAUAUGGAGAGGGGUUUGGUGUUUAACGGAUGUUUUAUUAUUUCCAGAAAAUGAAAAAUAUUCAGCUCUAAGUUCUUUGGUUAUCGGAUAUUCAAUUGUUCUCGUCAUAUUCAUUCUUCAAACUCCAAUUGAAAAAAUAAAUGAAAAACUUUCUGGAUUUUGGCAGCUUCUCGUAGCCGAUAUUUAUGUAUUUAUUUCAUUCAUUGGAACCAUUAAUUUAUGGCGUGGAAUUUGGAAUUUAUUAAAUAUAUAUUUUCUACCUGAUUUUCCAAUAUGGAGUUACUGGAUAACACAUCUCGGUUGUUUUUCAUUUUUGGUAUUGAUAAAUUGUUCGAAUACGAUAUUGGUACGAGGUGUUUAUUUAGACGGUGAAGAAGGUGGAAAAUGUAACAUAUUUCCAAAUUUUUACUUUAGUUUUUUUUUCCAGGUAAAUAAAACCCUAAUUAAUUAUAAAAUAAAUAAUUAG